UGCUGAUCUUGGACCGACCUCGCCAUGGCGGCCAUAGCGGCCAUGGCGCUACGGCCAUCAACGCCAUCGCAGUUGUCGCCGCCGCACCACGGCCUCGCGGUCCAACGGGGUCCAGCCGCGAAGAGCAGAACCAGAGGUGCCAUGCUUCGUUUUGCCGCGGUUUUCUGUGGUAUCGUCUCGGCGCGCAGUUUUACGGCCACGAAGGCUGUAGGUACCGACCGUGCGAGCCGCACGGCCAGCACGGCCACUGAAGCCGGCGACGGGAGGAAGGUGCAGAUCAAGGCCGAGAAAGUGAAAGAAGUGAAGCUGCAAGACGCUGAGAUGAAGAUCAUGGAUGAUCUGAUGCGGAAAGAGGCCGUGAACAUCUUGGCUGCCGGGGCGGAACGGACUGAAGAGGUCAAGGGCGCUAAAGGCCUUUGGUAUGCUUACAUGAAGCCGACUCGCAUGGGCACUUGGAAGAAUCAGGCAAGAUUGAAAUGCAAGUUGGAGCUGGCUAAAUCUGGUGCGGUGAAUGUGGAGGUGGUGGAGAUCGAGGUGGGCUCUUGGGAUCGCGACUUGCAGAAGUUCAUCUAUGAAAAGUUUGCGGAGGAAAGUUUUUCGCUGAAUUGGAUGAACAGCUUGACCUGGAAAGAGAAGGGGAAUGACUUGUACCUGCUGCACACCUCCCGUGGGGACAUGGAAUUGCUGCUGCCCUGGUGGUUUCCACUGCCUGAUGCGGUGGUCAAAGCCACCUUCCAAGCCGGCAUUCGAUACAUGAUCUCCGAUGGCCAGGCCAAGAUUAGCGAAGCAGUGACCAAGAGAUACCAACAAGCCGCUGGUCGCCCCUCCACAUGAGGACACCCGCCGAACUUAUGCCACAAAUAGUGGUAUGCGCCCCAAGUCCGCAACAACUUUGGCCGAUGUUUUCCACUUAUGUUUCACAUCACCUUCAGCAAAGUCUGCUGAACGGGAUCUGGACGCUUGGUUUGGCUGGGCAAAA